GAGUAGAGAUAAGUUCGACUGUUGUCGUCUUCUCCGAGCAUCCGCAUUACUUUCCCGCCAUAUACAUCCCAAUUCACCUACCCAAACUAAUCCCCUUCUCUCUCCCCAUUUACUACUCCCUAUAUCUAUGUAUUGUAUCCCUCUUUUCCAUUUCAUCUUCCUCUCCUUUUCCAUAAGCUUAUUCCAUCAAUUCGAUCCUGCAAUGGAGCCACCAUCCCGCCCCAAAAGCAGAAUCGCCCAAACUCUCUCAAGACUCAUCAGCUGCUCAAGAAUCCGCUCCAAGAAGCCACAAGAAGACCUCCAACGCUGCGAUUCCCAUCACUCCGACGAGGAAGAUGCCAACCAGGAGGAGGAGGAGUCCUGCGCCCGCGCCGCCAUGGAGGCCUUCGUCGCGAAGCUAUUCGCCUCCGUCUCCGCCGCCAAGGCGGCUUACGCCGAGCUCCAAUUGGCUCAGAUCCCGUACAACCGCGACGCGAUUCGGUCCGCCGACCAAGCCGUCGUCGAUCAGCUGAAGGCGCUCUCCGACCUCAAGCAGCGCUACGCGAAUCAACAGAUCGAUUCGUCGCCGCCGCACGAGACGCUCAUGCUGGGGAAGAUUCAAGAGCAUCAGUCGCUGGUGAAGACCUACGAGAUCACCAUGAAGCAAAUGCAGGCCGAGAUCGACGCCAAGGAGGCCCGAAUCGCGUCUCUGCAGAACCACCUGCUGAAAUCCGUCGAGAUCGAGAGGAAGAUGAAUGCAAGCGGAUCCAUCUCGAUUCUCGACGGAAUCGGAUUCUCCGACGUCAGCCAUAACGAUUUCGCACUUGUUUUGCACUACUUGUUGAAAUCGGUGCGCGGAUUCGUCAAGCUUCUGAUUCGCGAAAUGGAGUCGGCGAAUUGGGAUAUCGACGCCGCCGCGGAUGCGAUCCACCACGACGUCGUUUUUAAAAAGAGCGAUGAUAGAGCCUUCGCGAUUGAAUCAUUUGUCUGCAGAGAGAUUUUCUCCGGUUUCACCUCUCCCGGAUUCGGCGACGAGAUACAUGAACAUGACCGCCGCCGUUUUUUCUUCGAUCAAUUUAGGGUUUUACGGUCGGUGAGUGCGAUCAAUUUCGCGAAACAAAGCCCUAAUUCGUUGUUUGGGAAAUUUUUGAAAUCGAAAUACCUUGAGGUGGUGCACCCGAAGAUGGAGUCCUCGUUUUCCGGCAAUCUGUACCAGAAAGAAAUGGUGGAUUCUGGCGAGUUUCCGGAAACGGAUUUCUUCAAAGCGUUUGCUGAGAUGGGGAGGAGGCUCUGGCUGCUGCAUAGCUUGUCGUUGUCGUUUGAGUGCCAUGUCAGCGUAUUUCAAGUGAGGCGCAAUUCAAAGUUCUCUCAAGUGUACAUGGAAAGCGUGACGGAUGAGCUGGUUUCUGGCGAGGUACUCAGGGUGGCGUUCACGGUGGUUCCUGGUUUUAAGGUCGGGCAGACGGUGGUGCAGAGCCAGGUGUAUCUGAGCCGCCUGAAUUGAGGAAUACUACAAUAAAGCGGCGCGGGCGAGAAGCGGUGGCGCGUCGAUCAGAGGGGGGAUGGCGGAGUCUAGUAUUGGUGUUUGAUGCACAAAAAUUAGAGAAUUGGGCCAUUUGUAUGGAAUAAUUAAUGUGUUGCA